AUGGAAGUUGACACGACUGCUAGUGCCACAAGUGUUGGAACUGUAGUUGACGCUACUGCAGUGACAGCAGAGGUUGAUACAGAUGGCGGUGCAACUUCUGAUACGAAAAUAUAUGACACCACAACUAUUGCCUCUGCAAAAGCCACCACGACGAUUGGUACCACAACAGUUAACAUUACUACCGUUGAUACGACAGCGCUUGAUACAACGACGGCCGGUACCACGCCAGUUCAUGUCGCAACCACCCGUACCACGACUACUACUGCGCCGGAGGUUAAUGUGGCAAUCACAGGCACUAAGGACGUCGAUACAGCAAUAGUUAGUACGGUUCCUAUUAAUAACAUUGGUACGAGGACCACUGAUACAGUUGACAAUACUACUGAUGCCACAGGUGAUAAAAGCACGACCUCUGAUCUUACCCGUAUAACUGUUGGCACUGGUAAUUAUGGAGCCACUGUUGAGAUAAGCACUGCUGUUACUACGAUAACGAGGAAUCCCGUAACAGAUGCUGGUUUAAGUGAUCCUGGCACCGCUGCGGAUACAGAGACUGAAAACCAAAUAGAAACCUCUACUGCUGUGCAUUUAGAGAGUGCGAGUACAGGAGAUACUACGAUAGAUGGUAUUGUAGGGGAUACUACAGUAUAUGGAAUAGAUGGUAUUAUAGGGGCUACCAUAACAGAUGGUACUACCUUUACUGAAGCUGGAAACGUUGAUGUUUACACCACCACAGAAAGCGCUGAAGAGACUUACACGAACACCAUCGAUGCUGUAGAUGUCACCACAACAAAUAGUGACAAUUCUACAGCUAACUCAAUGCCAGUUGGUGGCACAGUGCUCAAGAAUAACCGUAGCUCAAAAGAUCUCGACAUCGACUCUACGACUGCUAAUAUCACUGAUGUUAUCAAAUUCCGCGGGACCCACACCAACCUUACGUCAUCUGACAUCGAAAACGUGUUCACAGCCGACGUCGAAUCCAACGUAACCGAAGAAAGCACACACGCCGAAGCUCCAGUGUUUGAUACGACUCCUGCCGGUAACACGACGCGGCGGCAGUCAGUAUUGGACCAUUCAACAGGUUUCACAGUUCCUGCAACCGCCGUGGUUACUGAGGCGUCCGUUGAAACCAAUGUGGUGGAGCCUGAAACAGCCAACCGAAUCGAAAUGAACUCAAGUGCCGAGACAACAACUCAAAGCACAACUGUUGGCAACAUAUCUGCUGAAAACACAACUUUUGACAACACCUUUUUUAGGAACGAGAAUGGCGAAGCGAGAGAAAAUCAUGUUGGGAAUAACAGAAAUAACAAUAUGACAGAUUCCAAAGAAAAAGACGUUGGUAGGACACUUCUUAAUAACACAGUUGGAGAAUCCACAAGCAAUUACAGUACAACUCUCGAUGCUGUGACUAACUUUACUGCUAACACAACUGCCAUCUCAGAUGAUAACACAAAUGAAUUAGAAGAUGGCCACACAAAUAUUGACAACACAUUCGACACAGUAGCAGCUGGAAACACAACCGAUAAUGCAGAAAUUUCCACCACAACUGACGUCGAUCUUGAGAACAUAUUUUUUGACAAUACAGUUGACAGCACAACUGACAUUUACUUUGCAGUAAAUGACACAACAAUUGACAACACAUAUGUCAACGCAAUUGACAACGUAGCCAACUUUACAGCUCUUGACAACAGAACUGACAUCGUAGCUGACAACACAAAUAACGCAGCAAGUGGCAUCGGUGUUGUUGACAACAUAACUGAUAUUGGAGAAUCUGAAAACACAGAUGAAAUUGCAGAAAUUGACAACAUAACUAACAUUGCAAUAACUGACAAGAGAACUGACACUUCAGAAACUGACAUUGUAGAAACUGACAAGAGAACUGACAUUGCAAUAACUGACAUCGCAGAAACUGAUAACUCAACUGAUAUUGCAAUAACUGACGACAAAACUGACAUUGCAAUCACUGACAACACAACUGACAUUGCAAUCACUGACAACUCAACUGACAUUGAAGAAGCUGAUAACACAACUGAUAUUGCAAUAACUGACAACACAGCUGACAUUGCAAUAACUGACAACUCAGCUGACAUUAAGCUGACAACACAACUGACAACUCAACUGACAUUGCAGAAGCUGACAACUCACAACGACAUUGCAGAAGUGACAACUCAACUGAAUUUGACUGACAACACAACUGACAUUGCAAUAACUGACAACACAACUGACACUGCAAUAAUUGACAAGACAACUGACAUUGCAGAAACUGACAACACAACUGACAUUAUAGAAAUUGACAACACAACUAGUAUUGUAGCAGCUGACAACAUAACUCUCAAUGAUAACAUUGACAUCAUAGGUAUCAAAAACACAACUGUUACUCCUACAGUUGACUUCAACAGUACAGCUGACAGAAAUAUUGUCAACAAAACUAGCUUUACAAAUCCUGAUGAAGCAUUCAAAAAUACCAGAAAUGCCAUUGGUGUCAGUGACAACGUAACUGCUAGUACCAUCAACAACUCCCUUCCAACAUCCACGCCUUUUAUCAGAACAACAAUCAGUGCAUUAGCCUUCAAUAGUCCAACGAUCGGGACUACAAUAGUUAAUAGUAAAGCUAGUGAAACCACGAAAGCUAGUAGUACCACCACUGAAACCACGCCAGUUACUAGUACCACCAUUAAGACCAAGACCCUAAGUACAACCACUGAAACCACAGUAGCUAGCACCACCAUCCAGCUACCAGUUUUUGAGGGCGGUAUCAGCUCUGGUACCACGGACUCAUCAACACCUGGCUCUUCUACUUUGGAAUCCGUUAAUUUGGAAAUUGACGAAUCGCCGAAUCGGAGAACAACUGAGAAGAGUGCAGCCGGUUAG